AUGUCUUUGGCUGCGGUGGGUAGCCAUUUCAGCGCCUCACUUGGCCUACUGGCUCUUGGCGGCCACAAUGUAUCUAUGACAGAUCAUGUCAUACGCACACAAGCAGAUCUCGGCGAACUAAACGAAUUCUACAAUAUUAAUUUUGCAUCGCGUCGCUAUGAAGCCUUGGAAGAUUACCACAAGAGUGAACAAGACCUCCUCGACGCGAUUGACUUUACGAGUCUCGACCAAGAGGGCAAAGUAGACUAUAUCAUGCUCAACACAUUUCAUACACGACAGCUCAACAAUCUAAAUCUUCAAAAGACAUCUAAAAAGAGCUAUGAGCCACUCAUUCCAUUUGCAGACGAUCUCGUCGGUCUUCUUGAAGCCAGACAAGAUGUUGAGCCGAUGAAAGCAAAAGAGUCAGCUGGUCUUUUAAACAAUAUCACAAAAUCCAUCGGUCGUGUUCAGACAAAGGUUAAAGACGGCGGCUUCAACGUUACAGAAACAACCGGCUACCUCGCCACAAAGGCCAUCACCGGUCUUCUCGACGGUUUAGAAGAAUGGUUCACUUUUUACUCUACUUACGACCCCCUUUUCGACUUUUGGGUUACAACGCCCUGGCAAGCUGCCAACUCGUCGCUCACAGAGUAUCUCACCGUCGUCCAGACAGAACUCGCAGGGAUGAACCAAAAGAAUGGACAAGAUAUCAUCGUUGGCGAACCCAUCGGUCGCAAAGGUCUAGAGGUUGAGCUUGAAGCAGAGAUGAUUCCAUACACACCUGAAGAACUCAUCGAAAUCGGCAACCAGGAGUUUAAAUGGUGCGAAAAAGAAAUGAUUAAACAAUCUGAAGCUCUCGGCUAUGGAAAAGAAUGGAAGAAGGCUCUUGAACACGUCAAGAACGAUUACGUCGACCCUGGAAAACAAACAGAAUACGUACGCAGCUUGAUCGUCGAAGGAAGCCUCUUCGUCACAGAGCGCGAUCUUGUUACCGUCCCACCUCUAUCAAACUCAACAUGGCGCAUGAUAAUGAUCGACGCAGAACGUCAAAAGGUCUCACCGUUUUUCCUCGGCGGUCCAGUGAUUCAAGUUUCGUACCCUGUUGUUUCUAUGGAACACGAUCUCAAACUCAUGGUCAUGCGCGGCAAUAAUAAACACUUUGCCAAAGCGACUGCCUUUCACGAGAUGUUUCCCGGUCAUAGACUGCAGCUUUACAUGGCUGAUCGGUACAACUCGCACCGGAAGGAAAUCUUCGAUACGCCCUUUUUUGUAGAGGGUUGGGCUUUGUACUGGGAGUUUCUGUUUUACGAUAGAGAUGACUUUCACCAUUCACCUGAGAAUCGAAUCGGGGCUCUUUGGUGGCGCAUGCAUAGAUGUUUGCGGAUUAUUUUUUCUCUAAAAUUUCACUUGGGGGAGAUGCCAGCUCAAGAAGCUGUUGAUCUACUCGUCGACAGGAUUAAUCACGAGAGGAGUAACGCAGAAGGUGAAGUGAGGCGGUCUGUGGAGGGAACUUACUCACCACUAUAUCAGGCUGGAUAUAUGUUGGGUGCUCUGCAGUUGUGGAAGUUGAGAGAGAUGGCUGUUGAUAGUGGAAAGAUGACGCAGAAGGAAUAUCACGAUGCGAUUUUGAGGACGGGUGGGUUACCUAUUGAGAUGGUAAAGGCGUUGAUUCUAAACGAGGAACUUUCCAAGGACUUUAAAGCCGAGUGGAAGUUUUAUGACAUUGAUUAA